CGAUUUACACCAAAGAGAGGUGUAAACGGGACGGGAACGAAUAAGCCAACACAACUAAAAAUUUUCCUCUCUCGGCGGAGAGGCGGAGCGGGAACCAACUUCUUCUUCGACGAAUAAACUCAGAGGGGGCUUCUACGUCCAUUCUCACUCUCUUCUGAUUCUUCCUCCAAUUUCCACUUUCUUCCUUCUGCUUUUCGUCGACGAUGGGAAGAGGAAAGUACAAGAGCAAGCCCACCGGCCGGCGCCAAUUCUCCACCCCUGAAGACAUGCUUGCUGGAACCUCCUCUCGUCCACGCACGUUUAGACAGGUAGAAGCUGAACACAAGGAGGAAGAAAAUGAGGAAGGAUCUGAACAAGAAUCUGGGGAUGAAUCUGAUGAUCAGGGAGAUCAGCCUAGAAGGAAAGGCACUCAAGGUAUUAUUGAGAUUGAAAAUCCUAACUUGGUAAAGCCAAAAACCUUGAAAGCUAGAGAUAUUGAUAUUGGGAAAACAACUGAACUUUCAAGGCGUGAAAGAGAGGAGAUAGAAAAACAAAAGGCUCAUGAGCGAUACAUGAGGCUUCAAGAACAGGGGAAAACUGAACAAGCUAAGAAGGAUUUAGAACGUUUGACUCUUAUUCGUCAACAAAGGGCAGAAGCUGCUAAAAAGAGAGAAGAAGAAAAGGCUGCCAAAGAACAGAAGAAAGCAGAAGCUCGCAAAUGAGCUCCAGGAACCAUUCGAGCUCUUCUCACUGGGAGGAGCAAUAUGUAAUAUCUACAACUUUACUUUCUAGUUUGCGUAGACUAAUAUUGUUGUUCGAUGUCUGUGACCGUGCAACCAAGUAUUAUUCUCCUCUUUGGCACAGAAGUGACCGUAAUACUAUGUCAUUUUUCAUUUAUGCAAAGAAUACUUCUGAUGAUAUCUUCCUCAGUAUAAGAAGUUCCAUUCAUUGUGACUUCAAUAUUAGGUUCAC